AUGUAUCCUACAGGAGAAUUUGUUCUUAAAAAGCUUGGAAUGGAAUUAAGUUUUAUCAUUGACAAGAUUCAACCAAAUCAAGCUCUUACACGGAAAAAUGUGAUAUUCUUUGAGAGACGUUAUAGAAUGAUUUUACACAUUAUUACCAUCUUGCGAGAUCGAUUUGAAAAAGUUAUGAAUGAUCUUGAUGAAGUUUAUUACGUCUAUAGUGGAAGGAAAUAUCAACUAAAAAACGGAAUGAAGGAUGUAGAAGUUUUCUUCCACCGCAAUUUUCCGAUAUUGGAUCCACUAUAUGAUACGGAACGAAUAACACGUGAUCUUACUUAUUUGAAACGGAUCAUGGGGAAAAUUCCUGACACUCGGAAUCAGAUUAGUUACCUUUUAUUUGAAUUUAAUCAACAUCGACAGGUGUUGAUUUGGUAUUGUGACGAAUGGUUUCAAUUACAAAGACGAAAACUGGUUACUCUUGAAGAUAUUGAGGAUUUAAUGUUUAUGUCAAAUAGAUUAAUUAGUAUUGCUGAAAUUUUUAAAAGGAAAAUUGAUGAAAAUGUUGAUAUAAUAAUCCGUAUACCUGAUCAUAUUCAACCAUAG